AAUCAAAGAGGUCAAAGGCCUGACUACUGCACCAUUUUUCUGACUGACACACACACACACACAUGAACAAGAGAACAUUCCACAGCAGCAAAGAGUGGGCCGGCGUGGACAUCCUGAGGAAACAACACUGACUUCCUGUCAAAUUAAGCCAAGCCGUCGGCUGCUCGAAGUGAUAACCGAUGCCGUUCGUCACUGAGUGGCUGAGGUAGAGCGCCACCUUCGUGCCACCCCGCCUCCCAACCACAUCCUUAAUCCAAAUCAACACCCAUAAGUCGCAAAUCCAUCAGGAUCCAGGAUCAUUGGCAGGAUCAUUGGAGAUCCCUCAGACAGAAUGGAUUACUUUCUACUGCUGCUUACUUCCAUGCUCGCAUCCAAUUACUUUCAUCUUUGGAGAGGGGUGGGCGCACAGCAGGGGUUCACUAUAAGAGACAUCAGCAUAUCUCUUGAGCCCGGUUCUGAUGUGACGCGGGGCACCAACGUGACCGUGAGGUGUCAGGCGCUGGUCAGCAGCUCAGGCACAGACACGCUGAGUCGCGAGUACACAAUCUACAAGGACGGCAUCACAGUGUACACAAAGACCAUCGGCAGCCCAGACGACCUCCUGUACCGGCUGCCUGAUGCCAGAGUGUCCAACACGGGCAAGUACAAGUGUAAGAUCAACAUCGAAGGCAGGACCAUGACCAGCGAGACCAAGAAACUGACAGUAACAGGUCUGUCAACACCACAGCUUCAUUUUAACAAGGGUGUGGUCAGUGAGGGGGAGGAGCUAACAGCCAGAUGCUCAGCACCAGGCGAGACAGGUUCUAUCAUAUUCUACUUCUACGACGACUCCAAGGAGAUCCUGGAGGAGCGGGUCAACUCCAACCUGUCAGAGGUCAAACUUCACUUCAGCAGCGUUGGCAUCCAUAAGCUGUCCUGUUCCUACACCAUCCUGGUGACGCCGUACUAUUUCAAGUCCAACAAAAGUCAACCGCUCACACUUUCAGUCAAAGAGCUUUUCAUCAUGCCGGUUUUGGAGAUUUUCCCUAACAACAAUAUCUAUGAAGGAGACAGGCUUGACAUCUUGUGCACCAUCAGAAACCCUGUGUACAACUCUGGACAAGUCCGCCUCUACCUGAGCCGAGGGACCCAGCUUCUCAGCAGGGGGGACACCAACGUCAACCACAGUAUGAUCGCAUUGGCCAAGGACUCUGAGGAGUUUGAGUGCAGACUGGAAAUGGGAAACGUCAUCAAGGUUGACACAAAAAAGGUUCCGGUCACCGAGCUGUUCUCAGUGCCCACUCUGACCAUGUUUCCCAGAGAAGUCUUUCAAAAGGACAACAUGACUCUAACCUGUAGAAGUAACAGCUAUGCUUCAGAGAGGCUACACAGGGACAAGUUGACUUACAGUUUAGAUCCGCCAGGAAGCCUUGUGAUCCCAAAGAGCACUGGGGUCUUUUUUGUCAAGGCUCUACUCUACGAUUUCAACUACACUUGCACAGCUCAGGCCAAGGGCAUCCGCAAGCACAGCAAACCACUGACGGUCCGUCCUAAAGUAACCGUCUCAGCGCCAAGGAUCGCAGUGGUUGGAAGGGCGGUGCUGGGGAGACCCUUCAAGGUCCUUUGUCGGUCGGACAUAGGCAGCCUGCCCAUAAACUACACCCUUUUUAAGGAGUACGAUCAGCUGAGCACAGCCAGUGUCAAACUCCCGUUUGAGCAAGCGCUCUUCACCGUCACCAUCGACCAGCCGGACGAAAUCAACAAGUUCAUGUGCGAGGCAAAGAACAGUCGGAAGGAGGCUCCACUCAGCAAAAGACUGGAUGCUGCUGUUGUUGUGCCUUUGUCACAUCCCGUCCUCACCGUCAUCCCCAACUUGCCAGAAAUUGCUGAAGGAGACCAUGUCCACAUGGUAUGUGGUGUUAAAGGCACCCCACCCAUCACUUUUAAGUGGUACUAUGAUGGCAACGAUCAGCCAGUCUUCACCACCACCUCAGACAAGAACAAUACAGACUACCAGAUCCAAGCGCUGUCCAAAGAGCAAGGUGGUACCUACUAUUGUGAAGCCAUCAAUUACGCCAACAACGUGGUCCGCAGUGCACCGGUUAUCAUCGAGGUGCGCCUGGCCUUGUGGAAGAAAGCGCUGAUCGUUGGCUUCUGUCUGCUGGUGGUGUCGGUGCUGGUGGUGGUGUGUGUGCUGUGCUUCAGGUCCAAGAGAGGCAAAAGGGAGGCUGCUGCUGAAUUGUCAGUAAAGCCUUCAAGCCCUAAAUCAGAUGACUCUUUAACAGUGAGUCUAACCCGUGACACAGAGGUCUAUAACGAAGCCCCAGGCGGAGUGCCACGCUAUGAUGGCAUGGAGGGGAGGGCGACCAAUGGGACACGAGCUAGCGCCGUGUCGCUUCCCACUGACAUCAGCAACAGGAGCAGCUUCAGUAUUCCAGCCACAGUGUAGAGAUACCCUGCUUUGCAAGGGACGGGGAGUCUUUCUGUUAAGAAAAUACAGCGUUUCAAACAACACCGGAAAAGGAAACUAACGAAAUAACUCGCCUCCUGCUGCUCCCUCUCCCCUCCCCCUGCAAUCUAGAUGGUCUUUGUUUUGUGUUUUAAUUUAACAUCACUGUCGUUGUCCUGUCCUUCUUUGUUUGCAUGUGUGUCCGCUGUUUCAUGUUUUGGAUGUCUGUGCAUCGUUGUUGGAUUUGCACAUGCAUUUUAUCACCAUUGUAGGAAAUGUGUGUAUAUAAUUUGGUUGAUUCCUUGACUUGCUCAGAUCUUCUUAGAAUAAAAAAAAUGUUUCUAUUUAGAAGUGUGUCAUCACCAUUCAUUUUGCUGCAGAUACUGCGUCUGACAUUUUGUAAAUUCAAGUUGCUAAAACCAAUCCAAUGUAGGUGAAUAGAUGCAAAACUAUGUGAACAAAACAUUCAUUUCUUAGCUUGGUAAAGUGGUACUUGGUAAAGUGUCAAAAGUAUAUAGUGUAAUAUCUAACAAUGUAUCUCAUUAAUAAUGAAUACAUUUUAUUUUGUCGAUAUACCGAGGGCCGCUAAAAAAAAUCAAGCUGCAGGCCGACACUGUGGUCUGUACUAUCAUACGCACUUGCACCAAAACAGGAAUACCAGCAAACCUAACACUAAAUAUCCCAAAAAGGAAUGCACAACAGCAACUUCCUUUGUGAAAUGAAACAAUGGGGUCUGCCAGAAGCAUCCGACGUUGACACAAAGCAGGCUUUGUCGGUUUGAAUUUGCGUAACGUGCAGAGGAAAUUAAUCCCCCAAGCUUUGUUGAAGAUGUAUGAGAUUACAUUACCAGCUGGGAAAAAGCAAUGCAGAUGUUUGGACCACAACAGAUUGUAAGGAAGAAGAUUUAACUCGUAAACAACACUUUAAAUGACUUUCGCUCAUGAAAUCCCUAACAUUUUGGAGGGGUUGUCAUGUGACAGUCAUGUGAGUGUCACAUGACAGUCACAUGACAAUUACAAUUCAACUGUUUAUUACAAUUACAAUUACAAUUCAACAAUUCAACAAUUCAACAAUUCAACUAUUACAAUUCAACUGUUUCUACUAUUGGACCGCAUGGGGGCCUUGUGGUUAGCAUGUUGGCCACACAGUCAGGUCAUCUCGAGGAUGUGGGUUCGAAUCUCCAUUGGACAUCUCUGUGUGAAGUCUGCAUGUUCUCCCUGUGCGUGUGGGUUUUCUCCAGGUGCUGCCGCAUUCAAAAAAUAUGCAUGUCAGGUUAAUUAGCGACUCCAAAUUGUCCAUACGUAUGAAUAUGUGCCCUGGGGACCAGUCCAAGGUGUACCUUGCCUCUCGCCCAAAGUCGGCUGGGAUAGACUCCAGCAUACCCCCGCGACUCUAAUGAGGAUUAAGCAGCAUAUAAAGUGGAUCUUGAAUUAAUGAAUAUAAAACACGCUAGAAAAUAUUGCUGUCUGUGUUUUAGCCUUAAAAGCCUGACGUGACGUAUUUGUCACAUUGGCAAAAAUGCUAAGACACUGUCUAACACUGCUUCGAUGAUUUUUAAUGACAACAAUAAACACCCAGACAUUUGCAAUUCAACAUUCGCAGCACUGCAAAUUUGCACAUUUUUGGUACAAAAGCUUUGUUUUUCUCCAAAAAUAAAAAAAAAAUUUCCGCAGAAAAAAAAAAUCAUUCACCGAAAGUCGGUAAUAAUUUACAAAUCUGUUCAUCGAUCAUCUUACAUUAUCAUUCAUUAUUGUUCUUUUUUUAAUUGAUUAAUUAUUGUUGAAUGUGUUCAGUAAGUGUAGUUAUCGUAGCAAGUAGAAGUAGUUCUUAGUCCAGUGGUCCCUUGUUUGUCGCGGGGGAUAGGUUCCCAAAAUAGCCUACAAUAAGUGAAAUCCGUGAAGUAGCCAACUUUAUUUGUUUACAGUUAUUAUAUAUGUUUUAAGGCUGUAAAACCCCUCACAAUACACUUUAUACACUCUUCUCAGACAGGCAUUAACAUUUUGUCACAUUUUGAACACUGAGUUCAAAUUGCGUUAGAAUUUUAAUGAUCAAUCUACUAGGUUGGAUACAAGAAAUUAUGAAGCGACUCACGCGUAUUCACCCCUCUCACCGUGCUUCGUCCUGGCACCCUCUACUGGUAGCAGUAGCAAACACAAUAACAGACACAUACAACAGAGCACCGAUAGAUCGCUCUAAUACACCACAAGGACACACAACACAAUGCGCGUUCAUACGGUGUUAAAAAAAAGCUAAAAUUGCGCUUUAAAAAAUCUGCUAAUCCGUGAAAGGUGAACCGCCGUGUAGCGAGGGAACACUGUAGUACUAAUAGUUUUUGUUAUUGUUAAACACACACACACAUUUUGUCACUUUGCCUUCAUGCUAACAAAUGAAUCCCCGCAGGCUUUUGUUCACAUUGACGAGAUGAUGAACGCUUCACAAAUAAUCAUUUCAUGUUUACACCUGUGUCAUUGGAAAGCUUAAUUACGGUACCUGCUGUCAUGUGUCUUUAUAUGUUCUCCCUGCGGCA